UGAACAGGACGCGGUGGGGGUUGGACGCUCGCCGCUCUCCCUGACCUGAGUGUGUGUGCGUGUGUUGGUGUGUUGUGGCGUCGCGUUGUGGCGUCAUAAGGGAAUUUUGGGAGAGUGGAGCCCCUCUCCCUCUCACCCGCGGGAAAGAGGGAGUGGUGAGGGGUGUCUCGCAAUACAGUGUUUCAAUACGGUGUUUAUGUUGAAGAUGCCAGGAUAAGCCCACAGCCAUGCCUCUCUCAACACUGGGCCUCCUCCCCCUCUCCCCCCUCUCACCCCUUUCACCCCUCUCACUCUCACUCUUACUUUCGCGCUCUCUCUCGCCCAGCCGUCCCCCCCAGCACCCCAGGACACCCCGGAGCCCCCCUGGCCCUCCCUCUGAGCAUGGCGGAGGAGGAGGAGGAAGAGGAGGAGGGGGAGGGGGAGGAGGGGGACUGGAAGCCCUGGCAGUCCUGAAUAGCAAGAAGGAUUCAUCGGCGCCCUUCGUGUUAAGAGAUCCCACGUACCUGAUGGUGGCUCCGAGGCUGGUACGGGCCGGACAGGUGUACAGAGCCGUGGUUAACAUCCUGGACCCUUCCCCGCCCCUGGUUGUAAGGGCUACCAUCUUCAGGGACAAUAUCGAGUUGGCAGCGGUGGAACAUGAGUGUGAGAGUGAAUUCCCCCACGCCCUCGAGCUGAUGGUGCCGCCAGGAGCCAGCGGGGGGAGGUACCGUCUGAGGCUGGAGGGGAACGAGAUAGGCAGCCUCAUUGGAUCUUCCUUCGUGAAUGAGACCGCCCUCAGCUUCUCCCCGCGCGGCGCCACAGUGCUGGUGCAGACAGACAAGCCCAUCUAUAAACAGGGCGACGUGGUUCGGUUCCGCGUGGUGGCGCUGGACACGGCCGUCAAAAUGGUAGAAGACUCCGUGGACGUGUUUAUCCUGAGUCCUUCUGGCGUGUUGGUGCGGCGCUGGCUGUCCCGGCAGUGUCGCGAGGGCCCCGUGUCCCUGUCCUUCCCCCUGAGCGCUGAGCCUGAGUACGGGGAGUGGACCAUCAGGGUAGAGGCGACCAAUACCUUCACCCAGCACUUGUUUAGCGUGGAGCUGUUCACUCUGCCGCGCUUCGAGGUGCAGGUGAGUGUCCCGCCCUUCCUGGCAGCAGACGCGCCUUACCUGGAGGGCGUGGUCACUGCCAACUACUCUUCAGGGGCACCAGUAACGGGCAAUGUGACUGUGCGUGCGUCAGUGCGCGCCCUCACCUCCCAGCCACGCCCCCCGCCCGCACCAGAGUCCGCCCUUGCCCAGCCCCACGCCAUGACACGUCGCGGCAACUCAGUACAUCAGGUCACGGUCUGUUUCAGAAAAGGUCACAACUUUGCAGGCAUUUUCCACUUCAAGUUCCUGGUGUCAGAGUUGGAGGAGCUGGUGGUGGGUGGUGGUGAUGGGGAGGUGGUGGUGACAGCAACGGUGGGUGAUGCUCAUUGGGACACCACUAACUCUGCCUUCGCCGCCACACGCAUCUUCAGCUCUGCCAUCCGUCUUGCCUUCCUGGGGGAGUCGCCGCAGGUGUUGAGGCCCGCCAUGCCCUUCAGGUUUUAUCUGACGGCCACACAGUACGACGGGUCCCGGGUGCCUGAGUGGCGCCUGCACCGUCACCGCCUGCUGGUGUCGCCGGAGGUGCGCUUGGUGACGGGGGAGAGACACAGACUCCUGCCACGCACCGUCAAGAUGACACACGCUAAAUAUGCACUGUGGGAGGCCGAGAUUGAUGUCCAUGUGGAGCUGGCAAACCCUGAGGCCGCAGCAAAGGUCCAGUCUCUCUUCCUUGACGCAGAACUGAAGGAUGCAGCUGGAGGGAGAACCAGGGCGUCGUUGGUCACUGUGGCUCACCAUUCACCACGAGGUCACCAUCUGCAGGUUACCACAAGCACCAGGGCCCCUAAGGUGGGCGAGUACGUCAUUCUACACGUGCGUAGCAAUUAUUACCUGGACCGCUUCCGUUACAUCCUCCUCAGCAAGGGCAUGGUGAUAGAGGCCGGCCAGCAGACUAUGGAGGCGUCCCUCAAGACCUUCCCUCUGCCCUUGACGCCUGAAGUCGCUGGUGUCGCCACUGUAGUCGUGUACACCAUAGGCCGCGACGAGAGCUUGGUAGCCGACGCCCUGACCUUCCCUGUGGACGCCCUCACUCGCAAGGGGCUGCACGUCGACCUGAGGCAGGACCCAAGAGACCGGGGGAACCUGAAGGUGACUGUGAUGGGUCUUCCUGGCAGCAGAGUGGCACUGGCCGGCACCCACUGGGAAUCGUACAGCAUGCAGGCUGGCAAUGACCUAACGCAUGCACAGGUGCUGUACCAGAUGGCCCGGGAUGCUGGCAGGGUGGUGCAGGAGCCGUUGGAGCAGAGGUGGGUGUCACAGGACGGGCUGCCAGAGAAUAUACUGCAUCUGCCACGGACGUCACCUGGAAUUGACCCUAAUGCGACUUUUACAUACGCUGACCUCCUGGUGCUGUCAGAUGGCCCCGUGCCGACCCUGGGGAGCGUGUGCAGUGCUGGGGGGUCCCACAGGAGACAGUGCCUGCUGGGGGGCUGCUACACGGCCGUGGAGCGCUGUGAUGGCAAAGUAGAUUGUCUGGAUAGGGUGGAUGAGAAGGGAUGCCCACACAAGGAGGAAGAGGACUUAGCACAGUACCGCCAACACCGCACCAGUCGCCUGUUACGUCACUAUGCCGAGCCGUGGGUGUGGAGGGAGGUGGUGGUGGGGGAAACAGGGACCUCAAGCUUCUCUGUCUCUAUUCCCUAUGGGUCUGUGCACCUGGCCCUCUCUGCCUUCAGUCUGCACCCCCAGCAAGGCAUGACCAUCCUCCCGCAGCCUGUGGAGUGGAAGGGGUCUGUAGGAUUCUGGAUGGCUGUGGAGGCCCCGUCGAGAGUAGGGUUGUGGGAGCAGAUUGGUGUCCGCGUCACGGCUGUCAACCACGGCACGGAGAGAGUGAGCGCUGUGGUGGUCUUGGCAAACAGCGCCGACUACAAGUUUGUGGACGUCAAGGCUUUCCUGCAGCCUCACCACAGCAAUCAGGGGAGGGAGAGUCGCAUGGUGAGUGGAGAACAUGAACACAGGGUCUGGGUGGAGGCAGGGGACGCACACACCCUGUACUUGCCCAUUGCCCCUGUCAAGCUUGGAGAGGUGACAGUACUGGUGCAGGCCUCCCUACCUGAUAAGAAGAUACAGAAGGAGGUGAAGAUACUGGUGGAGCCGCAAGGAGCCGUACAGGAGCACCACACAUCAGUUCUCCUCGAUCUCAACAACCGUGCUUACUUCUUCACCUUCCUGGACGUCAACACCUCAGAGGGCCUGGUGCCGGGGUCAGACGAGGCUCACGUGUCAGUCUUUGGGGACACUGUGGGUGCUGUGCUGUUCUCCUCAUCCCCUGCCACGCCCCACACGCUUCUUGGCCUCCCCUCGGCGGGAUGUGAACCAGUGGCCUUCAGCUUCCUCCUGACGGUGGUGCAGCUGAAGUACUGGCGGGAGAUGGCACAAGAGCCGCCCCUAGAUGAGAAGGAGGUGUUCAGGGGCCUGUCGCUGCUGUACCAGACCCUCCUUGUGUACCAGAACAGAGAUGGAGGCUUCAAGUACUUCAGGACCAGCAAGAGGAGCUCAGUGUGGGUGACAAGCUUAGUGUUGCGGGCUCUUAACGAGGUAUCUGUCACCUGGCCACACCUGUUGUAUGUUGAUCCUCAGGUGACCGACAAGGCACUCAAGUUCGUGCUGGCCCAGCAAGCUCCACACGGUGCCUGGGAGGAGCCGAGUGGGGAGGUGGCCGACAGGAAGCUGGUGCCGGUCCUGUACUCUCUCACUGGCGUCUCCACCCACGACCUUAACCUGUCCAUCACCGCACACACCAUGAUUGGCCUCCACGCACUCCGCGACCUGCCCUCGCCUCUGGACGAACAGGUGGAGGCAUCAAUCUUCCAUGGCCGUAACUGGGUGGAGGACCACCUGGAGAUGGUGGGGCAGGUGUCGCGGCCCCUGGAGGUGUCCCUGGUGGCCCUGGCGCUGCACAUGUCAGGAUCCCAACAUGCACAUAAGGCGUUCGGGUUCCUGACGCGAAAUGCUCGGCAGGAAGGGCCUGAAACUCCUGAGGGCGUGGCUGCCGUGAAAUAUGUAUACUGGGGGGAGGAUUUGGUGCCACUGCCCUCCUACCGUGUGGAGUCCCAGCGGCCACACCUCCAGCCACGCCGCCCGCACCGCCACGACGCAGGCAAUGUGGCGGCGACGGCUUACGCUCUCCGGUUAUACUCCAUGAGGGGCGAGAUCAUGACGCCAAGUAUAAUGAGGUGGUUGCAGUCACAGAGGUCACACGAUGGAGGCUGGAUGUCUACGCAGGACACACUGGCAGCAUGGGAGGCCCUUUAUGAAUAUUCCCAGCAUGAGGGUGAUGCGAGGGACACCAAGCUGACCGUCACAGUGGAGCCGCUGCAUGACCACUCCCAGGCACGCACAUUCUUCAUCACGCCCAACAACUUCCUCCACCUACAGACGCAGCAGGUGGAUGGGCAGUGGGGCAGUGUGCGAGUGCAGGGGAAGGGUCGCGGCUCAGCAGUGCUGCAGCUCACCUCCAAGUACCAUGUGGCCGACACACACCACCUCACCUCCCCUCCCACCCCAGCGUUCAGACUCAUGACCCGCGCGACCUGGCAUGGCCACAACGGAUCGGCCCUGACAUUCGCGACCUGUGUACGCUGGAUGUUCAAGGAGGCGGGGGACAGCUCUGGAGUGGCCGUGCUGGAGAUGACCAUUCCCUCGGGCUACGGCAUGUCGGCGGAGGCCCUGAGGAAGCUGGUGUUGGAGGGGAAGGUGCCACAUCUCAGGAGGGCAGAGUUUGUGGAGAGAAAGAUUACGUUCUUCUUUGAAAAGCUGACAGGAAGCAAGACCUGUGUGGAGUUCUCUGUGGAGCGCUGGUUCCCUGCCGCCAACCUGACACGCGUCCUGCCCGUCAAGGUGUACGAAUAUUACUCCCCAGAGCUGUAUGAAGUGGAGCUGCUGGAGAUGUCAUCCGUGGCCCUGGACAUCUGCCAAGUGUGUGGAUCGUACCAGUGUCCCAAUUGUCCUAUUCUGUCCUACUACAGCAGCCCCGCCCCGCCCUGGCCCACCCCGGCGCCACUGUGGGUCCUCCUGUCCCUCCUCUGUCUACACCUCUGGCUGGCUGCGAGUUGAGGUAUAGAUGGUGUAGAGGAUGAUGCUACAGCGACCCUCACUACUAUUACGACUGCUACUACUACUGCUGUUACUGCUCCUGCUACUUCUUGUCUCUACUCUGCCUAUAACUUUGGCUGUCCAUGAGUUGAGAUUAAGAUUGAUCAUACUGCACCUACCAUCACUACUACUACUUCUACUACUACUACUGUUAUUACUGCUCAGAUAUCAGUGGUUAAGAUUAAAUGAUUUUUUCUGUUAUUUAAUCUGAAUGCAAUGGUUCUCUCAUAUUUAGGCAGAGAUUAAAUGGUUUCACUAAGUUUCCCAGGUGCUGUCUUCAAGUCGUCAAGCAGUGUGUUGUGGUGUUGUGUCUGGUAAAAUUCUCGGCCUAAAAGUAUUUGGUUUGAUACGACGUGUUAAAUGGACGAGUUUAACGUGUUCCGAGAAGCCACCCAGAUGUUGAGGGUUGAGGAUGUACAGUGGUGGGAGAAUACAGUGACAAGUCUGUUUAUUAUGUGGUUAUUCAAGGACAGAUACAGUGCUAGGAGUACAUAAUGAUGUGUUUGUGUUUAUCAUGAAGUGUUGGCAGAUACAGUGCUCAGAGGAUUAACUGGGAGAGCAAGGAAUUACCAAUAGAUUAGUAGGAAGGAAAUACAGAAAAAGAGAAUAUUGUAUAGUUGUAUGCUGAGAAAAGAGAAAUGAGAGAUUAAUUUUACUCGACAUGUUUGUGUGUUUAUUACGAAGUGCUGAUGACUUACAGUGCUAAGACAAUACAAUAAUACGCCUGUGUGUUGCAUUACCGAGUGUUGCUCAUUCUUACAAGACUUAGAGGAAAACACUUCACACUCCACACACACAAAGCUUGGCACAUACACUCAACACUCGUAACAGACGCCAGAACACACUGAUAUGGAUCUCUUCCUGGUAAUACUAACACAGCAGCUUCACCCAACCUUCCUUGCAUGUUGAGAUGAAUAAUAAUGUGCAUGUAGAUGUAGAAAGAACUGAUUAUAGAGGAGAGGAGGUUCUGGUAUUCAUCAUAAGGCUGUUGUUUCCAGUCUAAGAGAAGUCAUACAAGAUUAUUCAGAGAUUGCAGAGAUGUGUGAAAGACAGACAGAAGGAAAGUGAGGAUUUUGGGUCUGGUAAUGAUCACAAGCCCGUUUUCUUUCAGUGUAAUGGAUGAUAAAAGAAGCCACAAGGUUAUGAAGAGAUGUAUGAGAGACAGACAUAAGGAAAGUGACUGUUAGUGUUGCAGGUUCUGGUAUUCAUCAUAAUGCUUUUGUUUUUUGUCAGUCAAUGCAUAACAAUGGAAGUCACACAGGAUUAAGUAUCAGUGUGUGAAAAACAGACAGAAAGGAAAGUGAGCGUUGGUGUCAGAGCACAGUAGCAGAAAGGACUUGGUAAUAAGUUUAGGAGUCUUGUAAUUUGUUAAGUUUAUUACAAGAAAAGUCAUACAAGGUUACAUAGGCAGUGCAUUAAGAAAAAACUGAUGCAAGGGAGUCAAGUAUGAGAAUAUUGAAACUCCUGGCGAUAUUGAUGAGUGAUGUGUUGUUGCUGCUAGUAACACACACACAACUCUUACAAAAUUAGUUGAGAUGAUCCAUAAAAAAAAACACGAAAAAAACACUAUAACAAAGAAAACAAGUAUCAGGUAAUCAAGGUGUUUUUUGCCACUAAUAACAAAAUAACCUAAAAAUAUUACAAGAUCCAUUAAAAAAAAAACAACAACAGAUAAUUACAUGAAGCAAGUGUGUCGGAGCAUGAGGCAAUGUCAACGAGGGUGUUUGUCCAUAGCGCGUAGUCAGGCUGUACUGUGACUCCUGCCAGGGAUGUAGAGGAACCUUGUGUCAGGCAGUGGUGAUGGUGGUGAGGGUGAUGUUGUGGUAAGGUGGUGAAGUGGUGAGGGUAGAGAUGAGGAGGUGGUGUGGUGUGGUGUGCUGUGGUGUUGAGGUGUUGAGGUGUAGUGUUGCUGCUGUGGGGCCGAGACUAGCUUGUAUGCAGCGAAUUAUUAUCAUUUUGCUAGUCAUCUUUGGUAGAGUAAUAUAUAUAUGCAUGUGUGUGUGUGUGUGUGUGUGUGCAGUUGAGUUAAGCUUGUAAUUUUUUUUUCUAGUAUCUUUCUCAAUAUCUUUUCUGUGUGUGUGUGUGUGUGUGUGUGUGUGUGUGUGUGUGUGUGUGUGUGUGUGUGAGAUGUUAAACCAACCAAUAGCAAGGCAGCACUCAAUGCGUUUAAACAAGAUUAUGUUCAGUGACAAUUCCCCAUGGAGUGAGUGGACGAGUGAGUGAGUGAGUGAGUGAAUGAGUGGGCCAGCCGAGGAGCCAAGCUAACUGCUGUACAUAGAGGCGUAAUGACGUAAUAUAGGAACGCUCAUGCUCAAAUCUAAACCCUCUUAAAAAAACAUAGAUACAUACAUCAAUACAUCAAAUAGCCACAGUUGACAUAGAUGGGUAAGCAUACAGUAUACAGUGUUGCGUAUUUAAGUCUUACGAGCAGACUGUUUGAUACCUUCCAUGACUCGUUGUGUCGUUAGUAAUUAUUGCCACGCCGAGAGUUAUUAAUAGGCCGUGUUUUGUCCGUCUGUCUGUGUGUCUGUGUGUGUGUGUAUGUGUGUCUGUCUCCAUGUGUGUGUGUGUGUGUGUGUGUGUGUGUGUGUGUGUGUGUGUGUGUGUAUGUGUAUGUGUGAGAGAGGUAGAAUUAUAUAUAUUAUGUAUAGUAUUUCAUAACAUAGCAAUAUAGACUUGACAAUACCUCGUGUGUGUGUGUGUGUGUGUGUGUGUGUGUGUGUGUGUGUGUUUGAGUGUACAUAAGAAAAUUCUCUAAAAAUCUAUAAAAAAAAAUACAAUAAAUAAAAAUAUGGUGCAUUUGUACAUAACAUUCUCUCUCUCUCUCUCUCUCUCUCUCUCUCUCUCUCUCUCUCUCUCUCUCUCUCUCUCUCUCUCUCUCUCUCUCUCUCUCUCUCUCUCUCUCUCUCUCUCUCUCUUCCUAACCUAACCAGCUCUACCCUAACUUAACCAAGCUUAACCUAACCCACUCCACUCUAACCUAACCUCUCGCUCCCUCAUCUAAACCUAACUCAACCGAACAAUAAUACAUUACACAGCUUGGAAGAGACUCAGAGACCUCAGUGAAGGAGAGUGCUAGAAAAGAGAGAGAUAAAAAGAGGGAAGAAAAUAAGAAUAAGAAGUGUGUGAACAGGGAAAGAGAAGACAGAAAUUAAAAAAAGUGAGAAGAAAAAAUGAAGAUAUUACUGGUAAAGAACUUGAAUAAAAAAGUAGGAAGGAAAUAAAGGAAAAUAAAAGAAAAGAGAAAUCAUUGGGAAAGUAAGGAUUGAAAAAUAGAUUAGUAGGAAGAAAGGAAAUAGAAAAUACUGUAUCUAUUUAUUUGCUUUGAGAGAGAAACAAGAGAUUAAUUUAGCUCUUGAUGUAUUUAUUGGUGCAAAGAAAGAAGAGAGAAAAAGAAUACGGUAAAAGAAGAAAACAAUAUUGAGAAAGAAAAUAAAUGAGAAAUAGAUAAGUAGGAAGGAAAUACAGAAAAUUGCUGUCUACUAUAAUAAUUGUUUGCUUAGAAAAGAAAAGAAAAACAAACCACUUUUAAUAUACUCACUGAUGCAGAGAUAGAAAAGAAAAAAAAAAUAUAAUAGAUCCUGCUUCAUUACUUAACACAGAAAACAAAGCAGAACUAAAAGAAAUUAGUAAACAGAAAAGAGAAAACAACAAACCACUUAUAAUAUACUCACUGAUGCAGAGAUAGAAAAAAAAUAAACAAAUAAGGAAGAAAGCGUGAUACAUCCCUCAUUAUUUUAUACAGACAAAACCGGAAGAAACUAAGAAAGUACAGAGAGACGCAUCAAUCUUAGGACUUUAUUCUGAAACACACCUGUCAGCACCUCCUCAACACCACAAAGGCUGUUUUUACCAUUUAAGUGACAGAUUAACCCAUUUUCUACAUUAAUAACAGGAGAAAUACUCUUGAAAAACCAGCUAAUCAUCUCUUUGACAUUGAGGAACAGUGGUGAGAGAGAGCGUUUCAGAAUAUUGGCCUUAGUGUGGUUAUAGUGCCAAGCUGUGUGAGGCCUGGCUUGGCUACCCACCCCCCCUUGUGUCCCCUCUGGCUUACCGAUCAUUGUCUCGUCUCUCGCUCCUGUUGUCUCCCCCACAGCCUCCCUCCACCACCCAGCCUGCCCCUGUGACUCGUGCCUGGUGGGGUAGAGGUGUGGGUUAUUGUACUAAUUGUGGCUGUAAAAGUUUGGUGUAAGUCUGUUAAUUGUGAACUUGGUUUUUGGAGGGAAGUAUAGAGUUUGGUGUGAGUCUGUGUUAAUUGUGACCUUAAUUUCAGAGGGACUGUGGCUAACGACAAAAAAACGAUUGAGAAGAAAGGCCGUCUAAAAGAUUCACUGCUCUUUGGCGUAUUUUAUCUUAAUCACUCAGUUCUUGCAUUAAUCGUGGCUGCAAGAGUCUGGUGUGAGUCCGUGUUCAUCGUGACCAUGAUUGUACUUUUUUUCAUCAUAUGAGGGACUGUGGCUUAGGAGAACAAGAAAAAGGGUUGAAAAAAAAAGGCCAUUGUAAAGACAACACAACAUUUAACUUCUACUACUCUUUGGUGCUCGUUUCUCAAUCAUUAACCAGUCUGGGGCGUUCCUUCUCAUCCCACAGCCACCGCCAAACAUUACAUCACCUUGAAACUGUAAAAUAUACUCCUUUGCAUCCCGUUUUCCUCAUAUGCUGAUAGAGACUUCAUUCAUUGCUUUUAGUGCUCAAUUGUUGCAUGUCACAGUGAGAGGGUUGAGUUAUAUAAGGUUUACAUCAUAGACUAAGCUUGUAUAUCAAAUUUCUGCCAUAAGACAAAGCAGGGUUAGGUGCAAGUCCCUUAAUAAACUGUGGCAGAGAGGGAACAGUGUUGAGUUAUGUGAGGUUUAUUAGUUGAAGUCAUAAGAUAGAGCAGUGAGGUGUGAGUGUCUGUAUUGAUUGUGGCAGGAAGGGGACACAGUAUUGAGUUAUGUGAGGUUUAUGUUAUGAAUUAAGCUCACAAGAUGGCAGAGUUGUGAGUUUUUUUUUCUAAUUGUAUCCACAAGAUAACAUUAUAUUAAGUUCCAUAAGAUUUACGAUUCAAAUUCUUCGUUAAAAACCUGAAAUUUUGGCAAUAGGACUAAGCAGAAUUGUGUGUGGGUUCCCUUUCUAAUUGUGGAUGUAAAAUGACACUGAAUUAACUUAUGCAAGACUUACGUUACGAAUUAAGCUCACAAGACUGCAGAGAUAAGCGUUAAAUUCUUUUUCUAAUUGUGGACGUAAAAAAUACCAUUAAGUUACGUGAGGUUCAUGUUGCGAAUUAAGCUUACAAGAUGGCAGAGUUGAGUGAGAGUUCUUCUUUUACUAGUUGCAGCCGUAAGAUGACAGAAUUUGGCGAGUCUUUGUGCUACUUGUGGCUGUAAAAUGACCUUGUAUUAAUUAUGUUGGGUGUGAGUCCUUGUGGCACUAAGGUAACCCAACAUUUUUUCAUCCUACAUAAUUUUGUAAGGAAGAAACAUUGCAAGUAUCAUUUUACGUCAGUUUACUUGGGAAAAAAAAAAAAAAAUACAUGUGAAUUCUCUGCCAGCCACAGUUGACAAGGAAAGUUUGUUUUCAUUCACGAUUCUUAUGAUUUUUUGGCGCAUUUAAAUUGUUUCUAUUCAUUUCCAGGUCAUAAUUUACAAGGAAAGUUUUCAUGUCAUCAUUUCAAGGUUAGUCUUAUAAUUUUCAUCACAGGUCACAAUUUAUACAAGGAAAGGUGUGUGUGUGUGUGUGUGUGUGUGUGUGUGUGUGUGUGUGUGUGUGUGUGUGUGUGUGUGUUAUCAUCUCCAGGUCACAAGCUUACAAUUUUAGGUCACACAAGAAAAGUGUGCUUUAAUUUGUUUUGUGUGUUGUCUCCAAGCCACAAUCUUAUAAUUUCACAUAUCAGGUCACAAUUUACAAAAGUGUGUUGUUAUCUACAAUCUUCAAAUUUUACUUAAUCUACAAGGAAAAUACGUAUGUUUAUUGUCAUCUCCAGGCCAGGUCACAAUUUACAAGGAACGUGUUUGAGUUAUCAUCUAGAAGUCACAAUAUUAUAAUUUUAGGUCAGUUUGCAAGAAGUACUACUAUUACCACCAUCUCCACGAGGCCACAAUCUCAUAACUACAUUCCAGGUCACAGUGUACAAGUGUGUUAUCUCCAGGUCACAGUCUCAUCAUUUUAGGUGACAAUUACCAUCUCCAUGAGGCCACAAUCUUAUAAUUCUACAUCCCAGGUCACAAUUUACAAGGAAAGAAGCGUGUGUAAUAAUCCCCAGGUCACAAUGUCACAGUCCCGCAUCACGGUGCAGGAGAGACACUGCCCUUACCGCCAGCCACGAGUCAGCGGGAGGCGGGCGUGGCGGUGCGUGGAGGCGUGGCAGGAGGCGGUGUUUGUAUCAAUAUCUGUGCUUGGUGUGACGAGGCUGUUGGUGGGAAGUCUUACCCAGGGAGGACUCAUUUUUUGUUUGUUUGUUAUGUACUAUUAACUACUACUACUAGUCAGACAUACUGGGCUUCUCGAGGCAGAAUAAAAUGUAUUAAAGUCA